CAUGAAUCACACGUGAGGAUUGACAUGGUGUCCCGAAGACAAUCCGCCAAAAUCUGUGUCAUUGGAGAAAACACCAUACGGAGACCCCCUACCCCGGACUAGCGGACCAAAAGCGUGGGCUGCUAUGAAUAAUUGAGAGAAUAAAUUUAUGCAAAGACAAUGGCAGAAUCAAAAAAGAAGGAUUUACUAGCGGAUGCUAAGAACUUUUGUGAUGGACUAUCGAAUGUGUUUAUGCUUAAGAAGAGGGAUCCUCAGACAAGACACUUACUCGAGAAAGCUAAAUUAUUGAUUGAAAAUCUGAUAUCGGAGAAUCAGCGUGCCACGAGCAAUGUCACAAGUACCCCCCGAGGAUCGAGGUCAGCCGGGGGCAUGGGCCAGCUUUGGGUAAAAUUGGACGAACUUAAACGAGAGAACGAGGAACUCCGGAAACACGCAGGGAAGCCCGUAGACGACCGCCCGAGUAUUCCUCCCAAACCGUCCCAGGGCCCGGGUGACGUGAUUAUUGCUGACCUUCAUAAAACAAAGCGGGAAAACGAGGCUCUCAAAGCCAAACUGGAGAAACUGGAGACAAAGAUCAAAGAAAUGGAUUCUGUAGCUCUCAGCGUGCAAGACGAAUACAAACGAGCCAAGGUUGCCCUGGAAACGACCCAGAGAUCCAUGGAAACGGUCCUGAAGGAUUAUCGACAUAUGGAGGAUGACUUAAAAUUGGCGAAGAAGGAAAGCGAAAGUCUGAAACAGAAAUUGGCCAAGACGAUGCUACCGAUAGGACGAACUGACAACAGACUGGCCGAGAACAUCAGCGAGAAGUGUCGGCCCUCUAACAUUGCCCAGCUCUACAACACCCUGGAGAGUCAGGAGUGGGUGGACGCCAAGGAAACACUCGAGGAAAUCACAGACUUCGAGGAGGAAGACAUCGUCCAGUUCCUGUGCGCAUGCGUCAUGGCCUCGUUUCAAAGUUGUAAAGAAGUAUACAACGCUUUAAAGGCGACUAUUGCAGAGCUGAUCAGAAAACCAACCCUUGUGGUUAAUGAUACAUUGGUGGGAGAGCGGAACGGAAAGAGCAAGCUUCCAGACGACAUGACCGACAUUAUAGGCCAUCAGCUUAGACAGCACUUUGAUGACAUCGACUCUGACGUCAUUGUAGGGAUGAUGUGCGAGAAGCUAACAUUGGAGUUCACAGAGUUCGUACAACGACACCCGCACGAGAACAAGGUGGUGCAGAAGUUCAUGAAUCGGUGCGCAAAGGUCACCUGGCAGAUGGUUAUUCAGCACCCUCCCAUGUGGCUCUCCGUAGACGACCACGAAUUUGAUGACGAAAAGCACAAGUUGUGGUGGUCAUGUGAUCAGGCUGCAGCCAAUAGGAUUGACUUUUUUGUGUGGCCCGCGUUGUAUGACUAUAAGAGAGGGAAUUUAUUGAUGAAAGGUUGUGUUUUUGCAAGCUAACGGAAAUUAGUGACACGUUUACUUUGGACAGUUCCAUUAUUUAUUGAAUUUACAGAAAGGUUGUACACUAAGUGUUUUAUACGGGAGCUUUGAGUUGGUUCUGUUUGUUAUGUAUCACGAUGUAUCAUGCAUAUCUGUCAGUAAAAGUGCUUUCAUUGUUUUUCACUUCUCAA